GAAGAAAAAUAAAAGACUAUUUCGCGUCGACGUCGUCAUCCUCUUUUUACCUUGUUCCUCUCUUGGAUCUGUUUUAUGCAUCCUUAUGACAGAGGCGCGCGUUGAGCUGAAGAUACACGUCGGUGGCAGCAGCGAGGAGAAAUAGAGAAGAGAGCUUAGAAACUCGUCGCCUUACCUUUUUUCCCCCCCUUUCGCGACGGAGAAUACCCGAGGUGUAUUUGGAGCCGGUGCUGCUGCUGGUCUCUUAGCUCACCCUGCCUAAACGUGCCUAUCCUACUGCAUCAUCCCCAUACCUACCUAAGCACUAGGUGGGUAAAAAAAAAGUCGUUGGAAGGCCAUGGAUUCGAGACAGCCGCCACCACAACACCCUUUUGCUCGUAAUGUAGCAUCACCACCAGUCUACGGCCGAUCACCUUUCCCACCCGCCUCGAAUCCGGCUUCUGCAGUAACAACAGCCUCACCAUUUCAUCCUUCGAAUACCGUAUCUGCAGGUCCUACCGCGUACAGCGAACACCAGCGACAUUCGUCAGACACAAGUCCUUUCUACCCGCAACAAAGACCACCAACCUAUGCGUCAGAACCCGCGUCGCAUCCCGCGCCCACUCAUUCGCGACACCAAAGCUCGUCAUCUAUUAAUGCUUCUCUGACGCGGAAUAUGCCUCCUCCCUCAUCUCCUCAGCAUCAAAACCAACAGCCGCCUCCGGUUCCUCACCCGCAUCAAAUGGGUCAUUAUAGCGGCCCACCUGCGCCGAGGGCUCCGCCGGUGAGUCUCGGUCCCCCGGGCGCUUUCCCUUCCGCUAGAGAGCUUCCUGCGCUCAAUUCGAUACCGCGAACGGGAAGUACAGGGGGGAGCAUGUCGAUAUCGUCAAUACUUGGAGGCCCUCCGCCAGCCUCUCGCGAGCCAACUCCCGGCCAUCCAGCUUCCUUUCAGCCUCCCGUUACUACUUCUGCCGUUUCGGGUCCCACGUAUGCCGCGCCUGUCCAUGCGUCACCUAGGAUGCAGCCUGCGAAUGAAUACGCUGCUUAUAAUAGGAGGCCCCAAACACCGGACCAAGGUAGACCUUUUGACCCGAGAGAUCAUAGGGGCGCCGUAAUUGGAUCACCACCACAGGGCAUAUACGGAACCCCCGAGUUAUCCCGAUACAACACCCCUCAAGCGUACCCGCCACGUGGCCCGCCGAUGCCGCCGGCCGAUGAGAGAAGGGAGCAGCCAGGUCGGAUCUCUGCUGCUAAUUUACCUCCUAGACCGAGUAGUCAGCCAAGGUCUUACCAUGGCAUACCCCCGAGACCUGGAGACGUGGGGAGGGGCCCACCACCUGGAGAACCCGUUUACGGUAGACGAGAAGAGACGCGACCUCCUGGCCCGGCGGGGUACGAUCCGGAAAGACAACCUCGAGCCAUGCCGUACGAAGAACAGCGUCGAUUUGUUGCGGAUCGAGAAGCAGAAUUCCAGGAGAGAGAGCGAAGGGAGAGGGAAAGAAUACAUUACGAAGAGCAGCGCGCCUUCGUAGCCAAUAGAGAGCGGGAAAUGGAGAGAGAACGAGAAAGGGAAAGAGAUAGGGAAAGGGAAAUGGAAAUGCGCGAGAGAGCGAGAAGAGAAAGGACCACAUCCGACCCGAGUCGCCCGCAUGGUCAACACCCUGCGGAACUUGGUCCUCAGGUGCUUUCACGACAACCGCCUUAUGGAAGACCAGACCCCCGAGAUGCGGCAGCCUGGCAGCGGCCUGGGUAUGAUCAACCACCGCCGAGAGAGUCGUAUGGGCAGCCGUAUUCCGGCCCGCGACCAAACGAGUUCCCUUCGACUACCGCACCGCCAUAUGGGGCGCAUCCUGCUUUUGCACAACCUCCUCACGAACGCUUCCCAGCAACCGGUCCGCCUCCUCACGUGAUACCCGUAAGCCAACCAGGUCCACAACCUGCGCAUCCUUUCGAGUCGCCUGAUAGGCACCGGUUUAUCCAGGCCCAUCCUCAGCAGCAACCGCCGCCGCCAGCAGCUCAUCGAGGUAGGCCGACCGAGGAGGUUCCCCCUCCGCCUUCAGUCGCGUAUAACGGCGGGCCAGGCUCGGCUGUGUUCGAAGUGGGUCGACCGCGUCCCCAAGACGAUGGCCCGGCUCCAACAGGUCAUCAGAGGGCUUUCCUCGGCAUCCAGGAAAUCAACCGCAAAGGACGAGUCUCUCCGCUGCCGCAAGCUGUUCAAGGAGCGCAACCUCAGUUGCAGGGUCCCGCCGGCGAGCCUGGGAUUAAGAGUGAAUUCGGCCGUAUGUUCUCCGGCAUAGGAAGCGGUGUUCGCGGUAUCGGUGUCUCUAGCCCAGUGCCACCUGGCAUGCAACCCCAAUUCUCAAAUGCGGGCCCGCCGCGACGUGAUGAAGAGCAUCCUGGUCAAGAAGUACUUGCCGACGGCCCCACAAAGCCGAGAGGGAAGCGGAGGAAAGCCAAAGAUGAUGAUAGCAAGGGUGAUGAUGAUAGCAACGGUCGAGCCACGCCAGUUGGCCGAGCCAAACGUCCCAAAACCCACGCCCACCACCACCAUCACCAUCAUCAUCAUCAUCACCAUCAUGGUCCGGAAAGAGCCCCUUCGCCCCUUCAAGCGGCAAAUGGACAGCUCAAAGGUCUCAAAACUAACACGCCUAUACCUUCCCCCACACACAAAGACUUCGCUGCUUUUACUCAUCACCACCAACCUCCGAGAUCAGCGCCGGCCCCGUCUUCGAAGACGGCAGCACCCGGCUCGACUAUUAUCCCAAAACCGAGACAUAAGAUCUCGUCUCAAGCGGUGCUCGAUAGCAUUGCGGAUCGGCCGCGGAAGCACCUGGGCGACAUCGUGUAUCAGGUGACUUUAAAGCCCACGAAGCUAGAGUCGUCCCAUGCCAAAUUUGGUUACUCAUCUAACCCGCGCCCCUUGCCUAUGGACGUGAUCAAGGGGAACGAAAAUUCUACCCUGACGGUUAAGAUUCCUCGUGUACACUUAAGCCCGUCCGCGCGCGAGGAGAUUACUUCCCGCCGAGCAGUUUGGGGCACGGACAUUUAUACAGAUGACUCUGAUGUUGUUGCUGCAUGUAUUCAUGCGGGUUGGAUUCGAGGCGAGUGGAAUGAUGAUGUGGAUAUCGACUUGCUGGACUUGUACAAGCCUACGACUUCAAAGAAGCAACGUGCGGCACCUGCUGAGCAGCACCUCGAGGUAUUGACUUCGCCGCCAGUCUCAGGUCCCGUCCGAGUCCCUGCUGACCGAGAUUUGCACGUGACGCUUCUCGUGCUCCCCGCGCUCGAGAAAUACAGUAGUUCAACGCGCUUCGGUAUCCAGAGCCGCGAAUUCGGCGGGACUUAUAACGGACGUAAGUCAAUCCACGAUGGGAUUAGCUUUAUGAUUAUAAGCGUGCGCUGGGUGGACGGUGCGGCGCCACAAAGCAGGCUUCGCGGCAAGGCGCGUAGGGAACGAAUUAGAAAAGCCAUGAACGAGGUCAACCGGAGCCAAGUGGUAGAUAUAGGGGAAAAGGAGAUUCUCGGUAAGGUGGCCGUGUCAAGGGAUUCCAGCGCCGGCAAGGAGAAGGGUACCGGGAAGGCGGCCGACGGCAACAGAGAGGGCAAUAAAGAGAAUCGCCCUACAGCUGCACUGAAUGGUGAUAUUCUCAUACCAGGCCAAGAGAAACCUAAUGCAGACAUGAAUCCGGACCUAAACAGCGGGGUUCGGGAGAAAACCCGUUUAACGGACGACCAAAGCGCAAAGACGAUAGAUGCCAUUACGACUGCUGAUGCUGGAGAAGAAGCCGGAAAACAUGGAUUGGGCGAACAUAUAGGUGCUUCUACGUAGCGUCGAGCUGGAAUUACAUCGAUACAAACGGGUUAGAAGGCAGCAGGAUUUGUAUCGGCGGUCACAAAACGGGUAUAUUUAAAAGCUAUAGUUGGGGGACAUGUAUAGUAGAGGGAUCCGGCACAGCGUUGCUUUUCUUCUACAUUCCGUACCCUUGACGGUCUUCCAAGAUACCUUAGGUGCCUACCUAUCUGGCUGUUGUUGCUUCUCUUCACCUAUAUAGCAUAGCGCGGAGUUUUGAGCAAGAAAAGUGUAUGAUGAUACAAAAUAUAGUCAUCCGAUGCUGCACUUCUAUAACAACGGUACUUCAAUAUUGCGCCAAGUGAUAUGGCUAUUUGCACCUCUUAUGUUUAAUAACUUGGUGA